CCACUAUCAACGCCAAUAUGGACUUAAGGUUGAAAAGCUUCACUCCGGGCGUAGCCAAAAUAUAUUUUACUGAUGCGGUCUCACCACCUACUGCAAGUAAUCCUAUUCCACCUCCAAAUCAGUUUAUCAUGAGAGACUUUCAAGGAAGAAAUGUACCAAGAAAUGUAGUAGAUGGGGAUACGAAUUGA